CAACUGGAAUACCCCACGCCUUACCCGAGGGAAAUAGAAAACAAAAUCCAUAGAAGAAGAAAAAAAAAAAAAAAAAAAAAAAGAGGGGAAUUUCUGCAACCCUAAUUUCAUUGCUAAACCCUAAUUGUUUCAGCAUUCCUCUCUUAAUUAAUCCUCUUCUCAUUUUUCUCGGGAAAUAACUCUUCAGAUCCACAAAUACAGAAAUCUUGCAGCCAUGGUUUUCUGGGUUUUUGGUUAUGGUUCACUGGUAUGGAACCCAGGUUUUGAUUAUGACGAAAAAAUGCUUGGGUUCAUUAAGGACUACAGACGCGUCUUUGAUUUAGCGUGUAUUGAUCACAGAGGAACACCUGAAAACCCUGCAAGAACUUGCACUUUGGAGGAGAAAGAAGGGGAAAUUUGCUGGGGAGUUGCUUAUUGCGUUCGAGGAGGCCCUGAAAAGGAAAAACUGGCUAUGCAGUAUUUGGAGCGGCGAGAAUGUGAGUAUGAUCAAAAGACUCUUGUAAACUUCUACAAGGAAGGAGAUUCUCUGCAUCCCGCUCUUACUGGAGUUAUUGUUUUCACGUCUACGCCAGACAAAGAAAACAACAUAUACUAUCUGGGACCUGCUCCACUGGAGGAUAUGGCUAGGCAAAUAGCAACCGCCAAUGGCCCAUGCGGUAACAACAGGGACUAUCUUUUUCUUCUAGAAAAGGCUAUGCAUAAUCUUGGUCAUGAGGACGACUUGGUAAUAGAACUUGCUAAUGAAGUGAGGAAAGUCCUUGGAGUGGUGAAUGUAGUGCUGAACGAGAAAAAAUUGGUUGGACCGACGCAACUUCCACAUCAGCCGCAUGUACCCAUUCCAUCCCUUCAGUUGCACCCACUGCCAGAACCUAUUGCUUUGGAUAGUUAAGGACCUGGAGAUUACUAAAAAUUGAUCUCAGUUCUUCAUCUAAACUGAUUUGAUGUGGACCCUGCUAACCAUCAAUCAAUUUUUUAAAUAAUAUCAUAUAGUUGUCCACUUUUGCUAGUUUUAGCUGCUUUUUCACCCAUUCCAUUGAGAUUCUCCUUAGGUUAUGUUGAGACAAUGUUCUGAUUUUGGUUUUUUUUUUUUGAGAGGACAAUGUUCUGAAUUGGAAUGUGAGCGUUAAUGUUACAUCUACAGUACUAAUUAAAAAAGGAUAAUUUCUAUUUAGACAAUGGCAAUCUUGUAUAAGCUGAAAUGAAUUCUGUUGGAGCAA